AGGCAGGCCCCGUAGGCUGCUUUGGGUCUCUUCUCGCCGCUAAGCCCGCGGCCCGACCCCUUUGCCGCCAUGCCCAUGAAGGGCCGCUUCCCGAUUCGCCGCACCCUCCAGUACCUGAGCCAGGGGGACGUGGUGUUCAAGGACUCAGUGAAGGUCAUGACGGUGAACUACAACACGCACGGGGAGCUGGGCGAGGGUGCCAGGAAGUUUGUGUUUUUCAAUAUACCUCAGAUCCAGUACAAAAAUCCUUGGGUCCAGAUCAUGAUGUUUAAGAACAUGACGCCAUCUCCCUUCCUGAGGUUCUAUCUGGAUUCUGGGGAGCAGGUCCUUGUGGAUGUGGAGACCAAGAGCAAUAAGGAGAUCGUGGAGCACAUCAAAAAAAUCUUGGGGAAGAGCAAGGAAACCCUGGAGGAGGAGGAGCAGGAGAAAAAGCAGCUUUCUCACCCAGCCCACUUUGGGCCCCGGAAGUACUGCCUGCGGGAGUGUAUCUGCGAGGUGGAAGGGCAAGUCCCCUGCCCAGGCCUGGUACCAUUACCCAAGGAGCUGACAGGGAAGUACAAAGCAAUGCUGAAGGCCAGCACCCAGGACUGAGGCCCCAGGCCACACCCAGGGAAGCCCCUGGUUUUGUCCCUAGAGGGACUCUGAAAAAACUCUCUGCCAUAAGAGGAUCCCCUUCACACAGCUGUGUGAAAGGACAUGGGAGGGUCGGGGGAGGAUCUCCGCUCUAUCAGGUCAAUAAAAGGCUUCCUGGUCUCCAGCACGGUGGUGUGUGUCUGGUCCGAUGGGCACGGGAGAAAGGCCUGCGUGGGGAUGGGGAAGGUCUAAGGCCACAGCCCGCUGACAUCCCUGUGUUGGUCCUGCUGCCCUCCCCUGGUCCCUGUUGGCUUUGAUUCUUCUUCUAGGCCCUGCUCGGGAGUCAGGAGCUGCUGGGGUUGGAUCUGGUAGGAUCUGGCUGGAGCUAGGUGGUUCGCAGCGUAAGUCCCCUCCACUCAGGCUCUUUGGGCUUUUUCAGAAAUCCCAGGGCGAGCCUUGCAUCAGCGCUCACCUUUUAAAACUGAAGCCAACCCACUUUCCUCCCAAGAGGUCUGGCUGCAAGUGGUGCAGGAGGCCCCGUGACAGGCACAGAUGAGACCAGAUGCCGCCUCUCGCCAGCCCUGGGGCCCACUCACAGGAUGCAGUGCUGGUGCGAGGCCUGGCUCUGGAGCAUCUGUGCUGAUAGCCAGUGUCGUCGGGCAGCCCAGGGUGCUCUGCUCUGGAACCGGCUGCCUGGCUUUUCGACCUCCACACCAAGGAGUACACACCAAGGGCCUCUCCACCGGAAAAGGCCACACCUUUUCUGCUAAAGGUGUUUACAAGUCCAGUGGGCCAGCACAUGGACUCUGAGAGAUGUCUUUUAAAAGGGCUGGUAAUGCAGUUACAUUUUAACAGAGAGGUCCAAACUACAGGUAAAAACUAUGGUUUGUACUAUGGAAAAAUGUGCAGCUUUUCAGUUAUAAAACUAGUUGAACACUGGUUUACAAGAGAAUGGGGAGAACAGAGACUGUAGAAAAAUAUUCCAGCACUUGGGCUGUAUGUGGCAGCAGCAUCUGAGUCCAGGGAUGCUCUGGUCGUUAAAAUGGGGAGUGAGUAUAUGAUCCUAAGACAAGCCAUUUGUAACCUAAAAGUUACUACUUCCAAAUGUUAUCCAAAUAUGAAGCUUAUCACAGUCUGUCAGUUGAUAAAUGUUGCCGAACAUUUUUUCCCAGUAUUUACAGCAUUAGUUUCUAUGCUGUAUGUAUAAAUAUUGAGACACCAGAUUAUUGGCUUCAGAACUGAAAGCCUAGCUGGGCUUUAAAAGUAUCUCAGGAAUUCCCCACCCCCAAGAUACUCUUAAGUUCAAAGUUUAAUUAUUCUUAGAUUGCUGUUAAAAUAUACCCUCCCCAAAUGAAAAUGUUUAUUCUGAAGAUUCAUUUAGAGACUGUCAAGCUUCCUCUUGCAUUUUAACUGGAAAGCCACCUUCCAUAGCUUGAUUGUCACAACAGGCAAGGGUCAAAUAAGCAUUGUUGGAUGAGGCCAGUGAAGCAGCAGGAGCUUUUUGUUUGUUUGUUUUUAACAUCCAAUAGAGGGGAAGCUGAAGGCUAAAUGACCCACGGUCUCACAAAAGGCACUGAGUACUAUGGUCUCAAUGAAGUGUUUUCAAACUAUUUCAGUAGCUUAUUUAAAAAAACAAACAAACAACAAACCAUCACCAACAAAAAAA